GUAACCAACAACAAUCUGUUGUAUCAACCAAUUGAUAUUUGUCAGCAUUAAAGCAAACAAGUAAAAAUGAAAUAAGUAAAUGUCAGAGUCUGACAUAUACUUUCAUUUGAUGAAUUGCCCUGAAUCUAAGCUGUUUGCACUCAUCUAUUAGUGUUGUUGUUUUGAGUAACAUUUCAUUAAAUAAUUGUACAAUCAAUUUGUGGACCAAUGGAUGAUCACAAUAACCAUCUAAUGUCUACUCACCAUUUACCGCACCCAUCUUCACCUCGAGAAACAUUGAUCUGCCGUUCAUGUAGGAUAAGCCUGGAAUCGGAGCGACCCAGAGCAAUGUGUCCCUUUUGUGGUGCUUUUUAUAGUGAAAAUGCUGAAAAUGAUUACAAUAUGCGGUCAAGAAGCUUACAGAUUGACGAAGGUCUUGAAUCAAAUGACAAUCUUAGAUUACCGAGAAUUAGACCAAAUUUGUUUCGCUUUAAUGGAUUUGGUCCUUUCUUGACGGAUUCAAUUGGAUUAAUUCAUUCUUAUCUUGCCAGUCUUUUAGUGAGAUCUCCUGAAUCUGAAUCAAACAUCUAUCUUCAUCUACCACCAAUAACAAGAGCAACAAUUGUUGAUGAUCAUUCAGCUAUGAGACGUUCAUUUAUCCAUCCAGAAUCACCUUCUACCUUUGAUCAUCUUCACCGUCAUCGGGGCUCUUCCAUCUCAUCAUCGACUGUCAAAUCAAUUAAUGACUCGGAAUCAGUUGAUGACAAUAAAUCUUACUCUGAUCUACCUCGAGAAUAUUCAUCAAUGUACCCGAGUCCAGAUUAUCCUAAGCGAUACCUUAAUUUAGACCAAUUUAGAUCAUUGGUUCAUGAAGCACAUGAAGAAGGAGAUUAUACCAAGUUACAUGAUCUUUAUAAAACGAGUUUCUCAUCUUUCGUUGAAAUUAAUGCUUUAUUCAAGAAAAGUCAGUCUGAUGAAGAAGUUAAAUUGCAUGAUCCCGAGUUACAGAUGAAUCUGGUUUACGCUAUGUUUGAUGAAUUAGACAAUUUGCCUUCAUUCAUUGUUAAGUCCGUACUUAAAGGUGUUGUCAAUUCAAUCAACAAUUAUCAAAGGUUGAAGCCUAAAGAUGAAACCCGGGCAAUUUACAUGAUAGUUCAGCUUCCAACCUUUUCAUUCCAGUUUUCUUAUCCAGUCUUUGCUCAUCUGCUUAAGAAAACUGUGAACCUUCAAGGCGGUGAUCAUCAGCUUCUUGUUCAUUGGUUUUCAAGAUCGGAACCAGAGAAGUUGCGAAAGCUUGUUAAACGUGUUCUUCAAUUUAUAACAAUAAGAGAGUUUCCACCAAGCAAUGGUCAAGGGCUUCCAGCUCCAGGUAAAUGUCGUUGGUGGAUCCCGUGUGCAGCAAGGUUUCUUGACUUACUCAAUUCAGCAAAUAACAAAGUAACUCCAAACUUGAUACCAUACACAGAGUUUUACAACAGUGCACUUGAUCACAUUAAUUUAAUGUCCGAAUUCAAUCGCUGGCAAAAUCCAUCAAAACACAAUAAGUUCUCUUAUUGCCAAUAUCCAUUCCUGUUGAGCAUUGUUGCUAAAAAGACGAUCCUCCAGCGAGACUCAGAGCAACAGAUGAUUAUCAAUGCAAGGAAAAGCUUGCUGAAUCGAGCAAUAUAUCAACAAGCACCAGACAUGGAUGUAUUUUUCCUUAAUUUAAACAUAAGACGGUCAAGUUUGGUUUCUGAUUCUCUUCAUGAGAUCGCCCGAAAACAAAUAGAUCUGAAAAAGAAAUUGAAAGUAACAUUUGUUGGUGAACCGGGUCUCGAUAUGGGUGGACUAACCAAAGAAUGGUUCCUUCUCUUGAUCAGGCAGAUAUUUUCCGAAGAUUAUGGAAUGUUUGUCUACCACAGUAAAGCUCGAUGUUAUUGGUUUAGUACAGCUUCUAAUGGAAAUCUCAAGGAAUACAAUCUAAUUGGUGUGUUGAUGGGCUUAGGUGUUUACAAUAGCAUAAUACUUGAUCUGCAUUUUCCUCAAGCUUGUUACAAAAAGCUUCUAAAUCCUCCGGUGGCACCCAAAGAUGUCUGUAAAAACAAAGUUGGUGUUUGUAAAUUUACAUUGGACCAUUUCGCAGAGGUUAUGCCCGAUGUUGCUGUUGGUUUGAAAGAGUUGUUGGCUUACGAAGGAAACGUUGAAGAGGAUUUUUGCAUGACGUUUCAGGUUUCAGUUGAAGAGUUCGGACAAGUUCAAACUCAUGUACUUAAACCCGGAGGUGAAGAUAUACCCGUAACUAAUCGAAAUAGAGAAGAAUAUGUACAAUUAUAUAUGGACUUAAUUUUAAACAAAGCGAUCUACCAACCCUUUGAAGCCUUUUACCUGGGUUUCCACAGUGUUUGUACAUCCAACACAAUACUGCUUUUGAGACCAGAAGAAGUUGAAGUUUUAGUUUGUGGCUCACCGACUAUUGAUAUGGACGAAUUGAGAAAAGUUACAAUUUAUGAUGGAUUUCAUGAGGACGAACCAAUUAUCAAAGAAUUUUGGAGUAUCAUUAAAUCAUUCAGUUUGGAACUUCAACGUCAAUUUCUUCGCUUCGUAUCUGGAAGUGAUCGUGUUCCUGUUGGUGGAAUGUCUGAGAUGAUUUUCAAAAUAUCGGCCACUGAUUAUAAUACUGAUAUGUUACCAACAAGCCAUACUUGCUUCAAUCAAUUAGUUUUACCCCGAUAUAAAGACAAAAGUACGAUCAGAGAAAAAUUGGUGAUCGCGAUAUCAAACGCUGAAGGCUUUGGACUAGAGUAAAUCAUUGAACCAGAUUUCACUUCAAUACCUUCUUCUGCUCAUAAGAUCACCACGGGACCAUUAGACAAUUGACUUUCGUUGGUUAAUUUUUACGUGACUUCAUUAAAAACGAAUCUAAUUUAUCCCAAUCGAUAGAGAAAAGUUAAAAAGAGUUGUGUGAAUAUUUUUCUAAUGUAUAUUUCAAUCUGUUGACCAUUUUGAUUCUGAAAUCCCAAGAACUAUUGACCAUCUUAAUGCUUUAAUAUUUGAAAAUAAAUUGAAACACUUUUAUUGUUGAAAA